UCUUUUGACACUUUCAGGUUAAACGACGUCGUAACGAGUCUUUAUAUUUCGUUCACAAAAUUAUUUAAAGAUAUUUUAUCACAGAGAGAGAGAGAAGACGGCGACAACAAUGGCGAAUUUGAUGAUGCUGAGGUUUCCAAGUAGCUUGAGGAGCUUCUCCGUUUCCGCUUCUUCAUCGAACGGUUCGCCGCCGGUGAUCGGAGGAUCUAGCGGCGGUGUAGGGCCGAUGAUCGUGGAAUUGCCGCUGGAGAAGAUAAGGAGACCGUUGAUGCGAACAAGAUCCAACGAUCAGAACAAAGUGAAGGAGCUCAUGGACAGCAUUCGCCAGAUCGGUCUUCAAGUCCCGAUCGAUGUGAUUGAAGUUGAUGGAGCUUACUAUGGCUUCUCGGGUUGUCACAGGUACGAGGCACAUCAGAAGCUAGGUCUCCCAACUAUACGCUGCAAAAUCCGCAAAGGAACAAAGGAAACGCUAAGCUUAUUUCGUUUCACAGGCAUCACCUUCGCUGAGAGUAUUCACUUUAUUUUAUGAAAUGCGUACGUGUUGGAAUCUGUGUAUUUGUCUGUAUAAAAUAAUUUAAAUAAAAACUUUGUAUCAUCGCUGAUAUUCUCCGACUGGUCGGAGAAAGAGGAUUAGGAGAAUCUACUAUCUAUAUGCUCAGUAUCAAGUACCGGAAACAGUCCAAAUAGGUCGAUCAUAUGAAACAAGUCUUACUAUAUCAAUUAAUAUCAGUUGAGCAGCA